AUGGCCCCGGUGCUUACUGCUCAUCUGCAAGUCACAGUGGCGCUGGUUCUGCUCCUGUCCAUGCUCAGUUUGGCUGCUGGUGGGAAGCUGCUGGUGGUGCCGGUGGACGGGAGUCAUUGGCUCAGCAUGCGGGAAGUGUUGGACGGUCUCAGGCAGAAGGGACAUGAAAUAGUUGUCAUUGCACCUGAAAUCAGUUACUACAUAAAGCCAACAACGAAUUUUGUUAUGAAAAUGUACCCAGUCCCUUUCACACAGGAAGAGAUGGAUGAGAAUUUCCAGGCAUUUUUACGAGAUGUACUUAAAGAAGGAUCUUACCUGGAAAGAUUUCUUAAACUAUACCAAAGUACGAAAAGAUUCUUUGAUUUGGCAAGCUCCAGCUGUGCACACUUACUGUACAACAAAGAGCUUGUCAGAUAUCUUGAGGAGAGCAAGUUUGACGCUGCCCUUACAGACCCGGCAAUACCCUGUGGGCAGAUUCUGGCGGAGCAUCUUUCAGUCCCUUCCGUGUUUUUUUUGCGAGGAAUGCCAUGUGGUUUAGAUUUUGAAGCCACUCAGUGUCCCAGUCCCCCUUCUUAUGUCCCCAGGAUGUUUACAGACCAUACAGACCGCAUGAACUUUCUCCAACGGGUGAAGAACCUAAUCCUUGACAUCCCAAAUUAUUUUCUCUGUGAUUUUGUCUUUCAACCGUAUGCAAAACUGGCUUCUGAGUUCCUCCAGCGGGAUGUGACUGUGCCGGAUCUCUUACGCCAGGCUUCUAUUUGGCUCAUGAGGUUAGAUUUUGCAUUAGAUUAUCCAAGACCCUUGAUGCCCAACAUAAUUUUCAUUGGAGGAGUAAACUGUGCUCACAAGAAGCUACCUCAG